GAUCUUGUGCCUUUAAGGCCUCCCGCUUGGCGAUCCCCGGUCGGGAGCGCACGGAGCAGGGCGAGCCUUGUGGAUCCGGGCUAGAGGGCGUUUACCCUGGACAACGCGGGAGGAGGGGACGGGCCCAGAGCGAGCAGGCAGGAAUGGAGAAGAGACGAAGGCGGAGAGCGGGGGACACGCUGUAAACACAGAGCAAGGGCUCAGAGAAGGAUCCGCUGGGCAGGGACGGUGCCUGCUUCUCCCCGCUGCCCCGAGAGGAGGGCCCAGCCUUUCCAGAGACCGCUCAGGCAUUGCGAGGUUGCAGACUCAGCUUGAUGAAGAGGAAGUAAGGAGCCUGAUGCAGAUGGUGCUCCCUUACGGAGACUCAUGUCGCCUCAUUGCGCCCUGUUCCUAGGGCUCUUCCAGUAUGUCCUGGUUUAGUGGCAUCCUGGUGCCCAAGGUGGACGAGCGGAAGACUGCUUGGGGGGAGCGCAAUGGGCCCAAGCGCCAUCGCCCGGCACUUUGUGGCCCACGCUACAUGAGCUGCCUGCAGGACCAAGAGCUGGAGCGCAGAGGCAGUGGGGCGCUGGGGCUGAACUGUUCGUGGCAGGAAGACCAUUAUGGCAGGAAGCAGCCGCCGUCACUUCUGCCUGGUUCUGGGACCGGAGAGUUGGGGCUCAAAGCUGUGGACCUGGGGUUUGAGGAUGGUGGUGGCGGCGCGGGGGGCGAGGCCAAGGGGCUGUCUGCCAGCGACUGUGGCUGGCGCCUCCUGCAAGUGUUCCGCUCUAAGCGCUUCCGCUCAGCCAAGUUGGAGCGCCUCUACCAGCGCUACUUCUUCCAGAUGAACCAGAGUUCGUUGACGGUGCUGAUGGGCGUCCUGGUGCUAGCUUGUGGCAUCAUGCUGCUCUUCCACUGUGUGCCUGGCACUCCCAAUGUGUCCUACACCACUGCCCUUGCCGUGGCUGCUGCCCUCUUCCUGUCCCUCAUGGUCCUCUGCAACCGGACUGGCUUCCACCAGAACUGCAUGUGGGUGGUGAACUACCUGGUAAUUGCGGCGCUCUGUGGCGUGCAGGCUCUGGGCACCCUUCAGGUCUCGCCGCGGAGUGCCUCCGAGGGGGUCUGGUGGAGCAUCUUCUUCAUCUACAUCAUCUACACCCUUCUGCCCGUGCGCAUGCGGGUGGCAGUGCUGGCUGGAGCCUUGCUGGCUGUCCUUCACCUGGUGAUCUCUUGGUAUCAGAACAAUACAGACUCCUUCGUUUGGAAGCAGCUUGUCACAAAUGCUUUGAUCUUCCUCUGUACCAAUAUCAUUGGUAUCUGCACCCACUACCCAGCUGAAGUGUCACAGCGCCAGGCCUUCCGAGAAACACGUGGCUACAUCCAGGCUCGGCUGCACUUACAACGUGAAAACCGUCAGCAGGAACGACUUCUGCUCUCAGUGCUGCCCCAGCAUGUUGCCAUGGAAAUGAAGGAGGACAUCAACACCAAGAAAGAGGACAUGAUGUUCCACAAGAUCUAUAUCCAGAAACAUGACAACGUCAGCAUUCUCUUUGCUGACAUCGAGGGCUUCACUAGCUUGGCGUCCCAGUGCACGGCACAAGAACUGGUUAUGACACUGAAUGAACUUUUUGCCCGUUUUGAUAAGCUGGCUGCGGAAAAUCAUUGCCUUCGCAUCAAGAUCCUUGGUGAUUGCUACUACUGUGUCUCAGGGUUGCCGGAGGCACGGGCUGAUCAUGCCCAUUGCUGUGUGGAGAUGGGUGUUGACAUGAUUGAGGCGAUUUCGCUGGUGCGGGAAGUGACAGGUGUCAAUGUCAACAUGCGUGUUGGGAUCCACAGUGGGCGUGUGCACUGUGGCGUGCUGGGGCUGCGCAAGUGGCAGUUUGAUGUCUGGUCCAAUGAUGUCACCUUGGCCAACCACAUGGAAGCUGGUGGCAAAGCUGGGCGGAUCCACAUUACCCAGGCCACUCUGCAGUACCUGAAUGAAGACUAUGAAGUGGAGCCUGGGCAUGGGGGCGAGCGCAAUGCUUACCUGAAGGAGCAUAACAUUGAGACCUUCUUCAUUGUGGGCUGCAGCCAGAAACGGAAAGAAGAGAAAGCGAUAUUAGCCAAGCUGCAGCGGGCCCAGGCAAAUUCCACAGAAGGGCUGGUGCCCCGCUGGGUCCCCGAGCGCUCAUUUCCACGGAACAAGGACUCUAAGGCAUUACGACAGAUGGGUAUUGAUGAUUCCAGCAAAGACAAUCGAAGUACGCAGGAAGCCUUAAAUCCUGAAGAUGAGGUAGAUGAGUUCUUGGGCAGGGCCAUUGAUGCUCGAAGCAUUGACCAGCUGCGGAAGGAUCACGUCAAACGUUUUCUGCUCACUUUCCAGAAACCUGAGUUGGAGAGAAAGUAUUCCAAAAAGGUGGAUACCCGUUUUGGUAGCUACGUGGCUUGCACCAUGCUAGUCUUCUGCUUCAUUUGUUGCAUCCAGAUAGUCAUCGUCCCGCAUUCCCCUCUGAUGCUUGGUGCCUACAUUAUCAUCUUCAUCAUCCUGGCCUCCAUUCUUUUUGUGUGUGCCAUCUAUUCCUGCCUUGGUCCCUUUCCUGCCGCCUUGCAGCGUGUUUCUCGCAAGAUCAUCCAAUCCCGAAUCAACAGCACCAUCACUGGGGUUGCCUCCAUCCUGCUUGUCUUCAUCUCUGCCUUUGUCAACAUGUUUGCUUGCAGUCGGCUCCGGCUCCGAGACUGUGUGGCCAGAUUUCUCAAUGCUACUCUAACUGCAGUGGGAUCCUGUGAACUCCACGCUCUCAACUACACCUUGGCAUCAGACACUCCACCCUGCCAAGGGAGUGAUGACUUGACCUGCAGUUUCCCUGAGUACUUCACUUACUCGGUGCUGCUGAGUCUGCUGGCCUCUUCCGUCUUCCUGCACAUCAGUAGCCUUAGGAAGCUGGCACUGCUGGUGGUGAUGGAGGUGGUGUACCUGGCAGUGGCUGAGGGACCACAGGGCGUGCUGUUUGACAACUAUGACUUGCUGCUGGCUACUAAUGCUCUGCGAGCCUUCAAUGAGACUCAGCCCUGUUCUUCAGAGGAUAAAGUGCCCUUGCAGUACAUGACACCUGUCAUCCUGAUACUUUUUGCUUUGGCCCUCUACCUUCAUGCCCAGCAGGUUGAAUCAACAGCCCGCCUUGAUUUUCUCUGGAAACAACAGGCUACAGGUGAGAAAGAAGAGAUGGAAGAGCUGCAGGCCUAUAAUCGCCGGCUGUUGCACAACAUAUUGCCCAAAGAUGUGGCAGCUCACUUUCUGGCCCGUGAACGCCUCAAUGAUGAGCUCUACCACCAGUCGUGUGAGUGUGUGGCUGUCAUGUUUGCCUCAAUCAGCAACUUCUCUGAGUUCUACGUGGAGCUGGAAGCCAACAACGAGGGUGUUGAAUGUCUUCGGUUGCUCAACGAGAUUAUUGCUGACUUUGAUGAGAUCAUCAGUGAUGAACCAUUCAGGCAGCUGGAGAAGAUCAAGACAAUUGGAAGUACUUACAUGGCAGCAUCAGGGCUAAACGACAGCACCUAUGACCGGGAGGGGCGCUCUCAUAUUACUGCACUUGCCGACUAUGCCAUGCGGCUCAUGGAGCAGAUGAAAUAUAUCAACGAACACUCUUUCAAUAACUUCCAAAUGAAAAUUGGACUGAACAUUGGGCCAGUGGUAGCUGGUGUGAUUGGAGCCCGAAAGCCACAAUAUGACAUUUGGGGCAAUACUGUAAAUGUUUCUAGCCGUAUGGACAGCACUGGGGUCCCUGACCGCAUUCAGGUGACAACUGACCUCUAUCAGGUAUUAGCUGCCAAAGGUUAUCAGUUGGAGUGCCGUGGAGUCAUCAAAGUCAAGGGCAAAGGCGAGAUGACCACCUAUUUUUUGAAUGGAGGCCCUACCAGUUAGCAAGAACCUUUGCUACCAAGGGAACUUUUAAGCUGGGCUUAAGCAGCAUGGGGUUGAUUGGUCCUCUGUUUGAUCUGAAUUUUAAACCCAAACUUCUGGAAAGGAAAAUCCUUCUAUCUCCAUCAUGGAAUCCUUGAUGGUGUUGAAAAAGAGAAGAUGGGUGUCAUCACUCUGCCCCUUAAGAGACUUAUUUUUUAUUUAUUGGGAGCAAAGCCUAAUUUGGAGUGCCCCUCCCCCUUUUGGGCCCAUUUCUUUGAGAUCAGGAAAACAAACUUGUUCUUUUACAACUUAUUCCUCUCCUAGGACUGACCAAAUAAUCUGGCGAGGGGAACCUAUAGCCGUGGUUAAAAGUCAUACCAACUUAUAAAUCUCUGGAUCCAGAAAGCUGACAUUUUGAUUUUAAUUCUGAAGAGGGCUGUUCCUCCCACUAACCCCUCCCCAGGGUUGCUUGGAUGUUUUUGAAAACAGGCCAUAUUUCUCUUGCAGUGCCCUUUUACCACAACGUUGGGAAGUGCAUCAAGACUGCUUGCCUUCAAAUGCCUACUGAUUGUCACAUCUCACAGCAACACCUGCUUCGUCUGUUUCUUGCACCCACACACACACAUGUCACUGUGAAGUUCAGGAAUGUGUCUUUCAUGGGAAGGGGUUGUUGUUUGGAGAAUGGGGGGUACAGUUCUUAUUUGCCAAAUUGCUGUGACUCGAAUGUGAGGAAAGAAUGAUGAGGUUUGAGGUGCUUCAGAAAAGGGACCUUGGGUCUGUGGUUUUGAUACCAAAGAAAGGGGGGGGGAUACAGCUUGUUUUCUCCACCUGCCCUGCCCUGCCACCUCCCAGAAUAGGCAGAGAAAGGAAUAAUCCCACUUUAUGGAAGAGCAUAGAGAGGAGACUGACCUAGGAUGUAAGGAAGUGGUUUGAUAGGCACACUUCUUCCACCUUCUGCAGGAAGCCAGCAAAAGAAAAGAAAUGGCAAUUGUUAGCUCCUAAAUUUGGAGGAUAGAGCCUGUUCCUUCCACAUGGGCCUUUUGAUACUGCUGUGUUUCCCAUCCACCUACAGUUUUCUUCAAAGUUCCCUAGCAGAUGAUCUUCUUGACAUUCUUUUUAAAGUUUGUGGAGGGCAGUCUCUUUAAUCUUCACAUAUAUCCUCCAGCAAACUUAAUAUUCCCUUUAGUUCUUUCUUCCCCUUCCUCCCCUGCAUUGUCUGCUAGGCUGUUUAGGUUUGGGGUGGGGGUGGGGGGGUGGCUGUGCAGUGUUUGCUUUGAGCAUUCCUGGAUUCAGAUGUCAUUAUGAAUGCUUGAACUGGCCUCCCUGACCUUGGAGGAGAGGAGGGAAGAGGAAAGUGGUUACAAAUCAAGUAAGAGCCAAUGUUACUCACUAGUGCAAACUGGAGAGAACUUGGUGCUGCAGAUGUGGGCGGGCACUGAGGUUCUCUCUGUCCAAGGCUUGCUUGUUCAUAGGAGAAACUCAGCUUGAGUAGUAAGGCGUGCGUGAAAAAACAAAUGCUUUUAAUGUUUGGGGAAGGGCAAGCACACAUGGUAAAAGAGUUCCAUCCAGUGAUGGAAAUUCUGCACUUGGUGGGACUUGGUACUGCACAAAUCCCAAUUCUGAAAAUAUUUCUUCUACUGAUCACUGAAUUAACUCCAAUAGAAGGAAGGAGACUUGCUGGAUGAUGAAGACGCGCAGCCUACUUCAGCUCUGUGUCUUUAUUUUUUGUCUUUGUUUUCUCCUUUAUGGAGAGGGUGAGAUUGUAAUCUCCACAUUGCCUGCAACUUUCCUUUUCCAUAAAGAGACUGUCUUUCAUUUGAUCCUGCCUGAAGGAACUUUUUUCUCUUCAUAGCAGCUCUGGAUUGUCCCGGCUGUAGCGUUUGUACAGAUGGGCUCUGCUAAUGUUGCUUUGAUCUUGUCCCCACUGUGUCUACAAUUGGCAAAUUGCAGCCUCCCUCCCCCGCCUGCCCCUCCUCAAAUGAGGUCACUUUUAAGCAAAGAGGAGGGGGAGUGUCAAUUCUUUUAUCAGAAGCGACAGGUAGCAGGAGAACAUCCAAGCAAUGGGGUGGUAAGAUAAUGUAAUAUUUCUGUUUCUUUAAAGCAGGUGAAUGCAAAAAACUUGGUAUGAGGUUGUGUUUUAAAGCAAGCUGGGGAGAUGGUGACCUUUUUAAAUGGCUGGUUUAAAAAUCUCUUUACUUGCUUUAAAAUUUUUAAAGAAGUAUUUUUUUAAUGGAAGGCAAUUGCCUCUGAGCAUAGUCUGCGUUAUUAGUGCCCAUCUUGAUGACAGGCUCUGCAGGAGGAGAAAGGUGAAUGUUGUGAAAAAGUAUCUUGCCCAUAUCUCCCUACUCCACUUCAUCUAGAGCUAAUGUUAAAAUGGCUCAACUUUGUUCUAAGGGGAGAAAAAUAAGUGGAGUAGAUGAUUACGGCACUUACUGGUACUUCUUUUUUUGUGUGUGUGUGUAUAUAAUAUAUAUAUAUAUAUAUAUAAAUUAUAUAUUAAAGAUCACUUUCUAUUA